GCAUGUGAUGUGUCUACAUCCAGCCUGUUGCGGAUAGGUGCACGGAUAGCUAAAAUUCAUGGUGAACCCUGCAGCCAAGCGAAAACAGAAGACGGCUACGUCAGAACGGAGCGGUAAUAUCUAUCUCAGGAGGCAGAGACCACAGAAGAAUAUAGAGGGAAUUCGGCUAUGCUCUCCUAUAUCGCAGAUGGCAUGUGUUUUACUGGUUACGAUGGCCCUCCCCCAACCGAUCAGGAGCUCUUAACUCAGUCAUCGGUCAUACACUUAGACGAACGAAGUAGAGCAGCCUGCAUACAAGAGCAGAAGAUUGAACAUGGCUUGGUGAAAAAAAAGACUAUUACUGGCCAUCUCUGGUUGGUGGACUGGGAUGUCCGCUCCAAGUUUUGAAAUGAUCAGAUCUUCAUACACCUGCUCCACCCUCUGCUGAGUGUGAGCUUUUCCAGCAAAAAGCUAGAUUCGGCUCCCAUUGGCGAAAGCCGAGCUGGAAACGGAAAAAGUAAAAGCCCGAAUAGUUUCGCUCAGAAGUCUCCAGCCAAUAGGAUCGCCUAGAAUCUCACGGGCGGCAACGAACGCUAUGCAAAUUACCAAAAGCAAACAAAUCUCUUUUCUCCACAGUCAAAUGUUCCAUGUCGACGCGCCAUAAUUGACCGUAUAAACGGAAAUUCGAUUGGGGAAGCAGUGCUCCAGCUACCCAGACAUUUUUGGGAGGUUGUCGUGACCUGCAAUCAUCAACCAGCAACAUCAGAGACCUCCGUGACUCCUCAACGCGACCUCUGGAUGCUCAGAACGCCAUUGACCAUAUCACCUUGUCCGUAAUGUUUUCAUUCCUCUGGCACUAUUGCUCGGCAGCAUGGGCUGGAUUUCAACAGUUCAUCUAUCUCCCAUUUUACCUUCUUUUAGGUGUAUCCAAGUAUGAAAUACCCAAUGAUAUCAAGACUACUUCCUCUGCCGGCCUCACUUCCACCACGUACAACAUGGAAGAAGCUCCACAAGCCCUUACCCUCUCCAAUGCCAAAGCAGCACAAUGGAACAGAGAUAUUCUGCUGGGAUUCAAGGCAGCCUUGGAAAAGAACCCUGCAGUGGAUCUAAUAUCAAUGCUCUCUGACUCUUAUCAUCAUAAGCAUCAAAAUGUGCAGUAUUCUCAGCUGUCUUAUGCUGCAAGAAUUAAUCUCCAAACACUAAAUGAACUUCAUGACACCUUCAGGCAUGACCCAGAGGUCAAUCUGCUAUCAGCAUUUCCAACAAAUUAUACCCACAGGAUCACAAUGGCAACUGGGUCCCCAGCUUUGUCACCCACAGAGAAACACACUUCUGAGAGAAGGGCUUCUGAGUUCCACACACAUCUUGAUCUUGCUAAGACUGCUUCAGUUAUCUUUCCACUGUCUGAGAAGGUUAUCUCUUUGCUUGCACAGUCACAAGAGUCAGGGCAUAGUGGGCCAGGUGACACAGCUGAGUCACUCCUCCUCUUCUUGAAGAAGCUUCUUUGGGAUUCAACAAAGCUCUGGGAAAAUCCUGUUAGAGGUGUGAUUGUCAAGUGCAAUGAGGACAUCAUCACCAAAGUUGUUACAGGAAACAAAGAUUACACAGAGUACACAAGCUUGGAAUUCCUUGCAAAAUAG